AUGGACUCCCAAGGCAGAAAAGUGAUUGUAGUUGAUAACGGAUCAGGAGUGAGUUAAACUUUCAUAUAUUACCCUGUUUAUUUAGUUUGUAAAGUGUGGAUAUGCGGGUACAAACUUUCCGGAACAUAUAUUUCCAUCUAUGGUCGGGAGACCCCUUGUUCGAUCAAGCCAACGGAUAAACAACAUCCAGAUCAAGGAUUUGAUGGUUGGGGAGGAGUGCACUGAGCUCAGGCAAUGCCUUGAUGUUACAUAUCCUAUGGAAAAUGGUAUUGUUCGAAACUGGGAGGACAUGGCGCACGUUUAUGACUACACAUUUGGACCAGAAAAGUUGGAUAUUGAUCCUCAGGUGUGUUUCUGAUUUAAUUAUUCUUAAUUCUUAUUACUUUUAGGAAUGCAAGUUAUUACUGACCGAACCUCCAAUGAAUCCACAUAAGAAUCGCGAAAAGAUGUUUGAAGUCAUGUUCGAACAGUACGGGUUUAACGCUGUUUAUGUGGCUGUGCAGGCAGUUUUGACAUUGUAUGCGCAAGGUCUCUUAACAGGUGUCGUUGUGGAUUCUGGAGAUGGAGUUACACAUAUCUGUCCUGUCUUCGGUGGUAUUGCUUUACAGCAUCUAAAUCAACGUUUAGAUGUUGCAGGCAGGGAUAUAACAAAAUAUUUGAUAAAGGUAUGUAUUGUUAUUUUUUUUGUAUUUUGCUUUACUUUAGCUACUCUUGCUUCGUGGAUAUGCCUUCAAUCAUUCCGCUGAUUUUGAGACGAUCAGACAACUGAAGGAGAAGCUGUGCUAUGUGGCUUAUAAUGUCGAACAGGAACAAAAACUUGCUUUGGAGACAACAGUAUUAACUCAGUCGUAUACUGUAUGAUUUUUUAUUUUUUUUUAGUUUUAUUUUUAGUUACCUGAUGGUCGAACCAUUCGAGUUGGGGGUGAACGAUUCGAGGCUCCAGAAGUCCUUUUCCAACCUCAUCUGAUUGACGUGGAGAAAGCUGGAGUGUCGGAACUGAUAUUUAAUUCCAUUCAAGGGGCUGAUAUGGGUAUGAAUAUUGUUUACUGUUUAAUUGUUAUAUGUCUGGUUACAGAUUGCCGAUUGGAUCUGUUUAAACAUAUUGUUCUAUCCGGGGGCUCAACGAUGUAUCCAGGUUUGCCUAGCAGACUCGAGAAGGAUCUAAAGCAACUUUAUUUGCAUCAUGUGCUGAGAGGGAAUACUGAAAACUUCCACGUAGGCCUAAAUUAAAGUUAAUAUUUGUUUUUUAGAAGUUUAAAAUUAGAAUAGAAGCUCCCCCGCGACGAAAACACAUGGUAUUCUUGGGCGGGGCCGUCCUGGCUCACUUAAUGAGGGACCGUAAUGAAGUAAGUGGCCAAUUGCUUUACUUAUUUCGCGCGUCGUUAUGACGUUGACCUUCUUUCUUUGCAGGACUUUUGGAUUUCGAAGGCGACAUACGAAGAAAAGGGCCUUAAUUACUGCAUGGACCAGAUCCGCAUCCGCUAA